AUGGCCAUUCGCGGCCUUACACACGCCGCCAGCCUCGCCAGCGCAGUCCACGCUGGGCCGUCGUGCCGCAUGGCUGCUUUGAGGUCGAGGUCCGGCUGGGCCGGAACCUUUAUCGCCUCCCAGAAUGUCGUGUCUUCCAUCCCCACCUUCGGCACCACGUCGCGUUCGUUCACGACCUCGCCGACUGCUACAAGUGGUCAUUCACGAUGGUCUAAAAUCAGACAUAAAAAGGGCGCCGUGGACAGUGCUCGCGGCGCGUUUUACAGCAGAGUGAUGGCUGAAGUCCACACCGCCUUGCGCCCACCCAACUCGCCCGACCCGCUGCUGAACCCUCGUCUUGCAGCUGCACUUACCAAGGCUAAGGAGGCUGGUCUGCCAAAGGCCCUCGUGGAGUCGGCAUUCGCUCGCGCCAAGAAGCUCGCGGACGGCACAGGCAAGGCGGUCACUUUCGAGGCCACAGGUGCUGGCGGUAAGGUGGCAAUGAUCAUCGAGUGCGUAACCGAGAACCCCGCGCGUACCAACAGCAAAGUGAAGGAGGCGCUGUCCAAGAGCGGCUCAAAGGCAUCCAACGUUGGGUUCCUCUUCGAGCGCAAGGGACGUAUCUGGCUCGAGCCCAUCGAGGGCAACGAGGCGGCUACCUUUGACUCUCUCUUUGAUGUCGCGGCUGAGGGCGGCGCGGAGGAUGUGCGGGAGGUGGAGGCAGACGAUGAGGGAAUGGUGUGGGAGGUCAUCACUGCGCCGAACGACCUCGGCUCGCUGACCUCACUCCUCACGUCUGCCCCUCACGACGCGGCCUACUCCCUCCGCUCGAGUGAACUGGCGUACGUCGCUACCGACCCCGUCGUUGUAGGCGAGGAAGGUGGCGUGGACGAGGACCAGGCUCAGAACAUUGGCAAGACAAUUGACGCACUCGAGGAGGAGCCUGAUGUUGUCAAGGUGUGGACCAACAUGGAAUAA